GGCUAUGUAGAAGAAAACAGCAUGCUGCGGGUACCUCAAUGUGUUUGCAGUUUUCAACUUUAUAGAAAUGUCACUAUUUAAUCUGCUCAGAUAAUCUACUGUGAACAGUCAGACAGUAGUUGUCGGUCCCAAGUAGGUCUGGAUCUACCAUGGAGCCUAUAAUGACUCACAUUUGGCCGAGAGUCUUCCAGCGGCUCUACAGAACCUCAGUACUUCCCAAGAGGAACCAUUCAGGAUGUGCUGAGCAUGCCACUGUUCCUGCCUCCACCAAGUCCAAACCUAUGAAACCCACACUCCUGGUGUCCCGCCUCUACCAGCCCUCAAACCUGCAUGAUGUUGGGCAGAACAGCCGGCUGCAGGGAGAGAUGACUUGUAAGAGUCAAAGGCUAAUGCAGCAGGCCGGACUCAUCCAUCCGUCAAAUCCCGGUUGUUACUACUACCUUCCUACCAUCGUCCGCUCCAUGGAGAAGCUGGUGAGAGUAAUUGACCAAGAGAUGCACGGGAUCGGUGGGCAGAAACUGGACAUGCCCAGUUUGUGCUCUGCUGAUCUUUGGAAAACCAGUGAGCGCUGGGACUUGAUGGGAAAGGAGCUGUUCCGUCUCAAAGACCGUCAUGGAGCCGACUACUGCUUGGGUCCCACACAUGAGGAGGCAGUGACGACUCUGGUCGCUCACCAGAUGACUCUCUCCUACAGGCAGCUCCCUCUGCUUCUCUAUCAGAUCACCCGCAAAUUCAGAGAUGAACCAAAGCCGAAGUUUGGUCUGCUUCGAGGGAGGGAGUUCUACAUGAAGGACAUGUACUCAUUUGAUGUGAGUGAAGAAGCAGCUUACGAGACCUAUGAAUCUGUGUGCCAGGCAUACACAAGGCUCUUUGUCCGGCUGGGUCUGCAUUGUGUUCAGGUGCAGGCGGACACAGGCAACAUCGGCGGUAAACUCUCCCACGAGUUCCAGCUGCCAGCAGACAUCGGUGAGGACCGACUUCUGGUCUGUGGGAACUGCUCGUUCUCUGCUAAUGUAGAGACCAUGUCAUCAGACAGAACUGACUGCCCACAGUGCAAAACUGGCACACUGGUAGAGUCAAAGGGUAUAGAGGUCGGCCACACCUUUUACCUGGGUAAAAAGUACUCACAUAUAUUCAAUGCCACCUUCAGCAAUGCACAGAACAAGUCUAGUAUCACAGAGAUGGGCUGCUAUGGUCUCGGGGUAACCCGUAUUCUCGCCGCAGCCAUUGAGGUUUUGUCAACAGAAGAGGGGAUUCGCUGGCCAGGCCUUCUCGCCCCUUACCAAGUGUGUGUUUUACCCCCAAAGAAGGGCAGUAAAGUGGAUGAGGUGGCAGUUUUAGCUGAGGAACUGGUUCACGCUUUAGGGGAGACCGGGCCUCAUUUGAGAGGUGAAGUUGUUCUUGACGACCGAACACAGAUGACCAUUGGAAAGAGGCUGAAGGAUGCCAGCAGACUGGGCUAUCCGUAUGUUAUUGUAGUAGGACAUGGAGCUCUGGAGGAAACACCCAGGUUUGAGGUGAUUUGUCAGGGGACAGGUGAGACGAUGUUUCUUAGUAAAGAAGGACUGUUAGAUCUUUUGGGAAGAGUGGAAACUGUAUAAAUAACAACUCUGAUUGUAGAAAUACAUGUUUGUAUGUUGUAUGUUUGUAUAUGAUGCGAUCAGUGAGGUGGUGGGGGAAGAACAGAAAAGCCUUAUAUGUUUUUGUCAAAAAGGAAUGGGACUUUAUUUAUAAAAACCUAAAAUAUACCUACUGAUCGACAUUAUAGAAAAAGUAACUGUCUCAACAAAAGCUUGAUAAUGAACCUUAUGGAUAUUAACAUGCCUUUUUGGUUCAUGAUGUAAUACACAAGAAUGGUUCAAUUUCAUUUUUUUACAAUCUUUUAUGUCCCCAUGUAAAUUAAAACAUAAGACGUGAACAGAAAGAAUGACUAUUUUCUGUUGUGAUUUAAUAUUUGCAUCUGUAACAUACAACUGAACCUUUUAGUGCAGCUCAUUGCAGGCAUUUGGUAAAUACUGUGAAUACAACCAAGGCAAAAUAAAAUCACCAUUUCCAGUGGUA